CCGACCCACCCCACCCUCACCCCCCAAACCCCUCCGCCUUCUUCCACAGGGUUCUCGACCUCGCCUCGCCUCGCCAUGGGGUGGAACGGGAGCCGUCGCAGCGGCGGCGGAGCUGGGGGACGGGGACGGGGCCGCGGGCCGGCGAGCCCGAACGACCUCCAGCGAGAGCGAGUUGCGGCCUCUCUCAUCGACGCCGCCGCGCGCCUCGGCCUCCAGGCUACCGACGCGGGUACCGGCUGGCCGCCGGAGAUGCAGUUCCGCUUCGCGUGCACGGACGGCGACCUCGCCCGCGCCAAGGCCGUGGUAGAUGCCAUGGAUGAGGCUGAGAGGGAGUCGCUUGCCUCUCUGAGGUUUACCGACUUAGGACCACUGCAUUUGGCAGCAAGCUCGGGUGAUAUGGCCAUCUGCAAGUACUUGGUUGAGCAGCUUGGGUUUGAUGUCAAUUCGGAUGCUUCUGAUCAUGGAUCUGGCGUGACACCUUUGCAUUUUGCGGUGUCGCAUGAACAAGUGACUGCUGUGAGGUAUUUUCUUGAAAAGGGCGCUGAUCCCAAUAUAAAGGACUCCUCCAACGGCACAGCUUCUCUGCAUGAGGCAGCAGCGUUAGGCUAUGAUGAAAUUACACAACUUCUGCUAGCAAAUGGAGCGAAUGUUGAUGAACCUUCUACUCAUGGGACACCUCUAGUGGCUGCUGCCGCUCACGGGAAGUUCAGUUCUAUGAAGAUUUUGUUGGAGCACCAUGCAGACCCGAACAAAGUCUCUUGGGAGUAUGGUACACCCCUAACUACAACACUUUAUGCUACUCCUGACAGAAUGGACGAAUCCACUUGCUUAAAGUGUGUGAAACUUCUUGUCGAGGCUGGUGCUGAUGUCAAAUGUACAAAUCCUGAGACUCCAUUGGCGAUAGCAACUACCAAUGGCUUAACUAAAUGUGCUGAAUACUUGUUGGAGGUUGCUACAAAUGCCAAUGUUCCAGUUAAACAUGAUACUGAUGUUAAAACAAGUGAGGAUCGUAGGAAGGCUCGACUGAAAUCAAACGGUCCAAAGGCUCGGCUGAAAUCAAACGGUGCAAAAGCAGUUCAGGAGAAUGACUAUGCUGCUGCAUUGAAAUUCUAUACUGAGGCGAUCAAGCUGGAUCCUGAAGAUGCAGUGUUGUAUUCGAAUAGGAGCCUUUGCCAUCUCAAGUGUGAUGAAGAAUAUGACGCUUUGCAUGAUGCCAAUGCUUGCAUACGUCUGAAGCCUGAUUGGAACAAAGGUUACUAUCGGAAAGGAGCUGCCCUCAUGUCUCUUCUGGAGUACAAAGAGGCAUCUGAUGCAUUCUUGGCUGGAGUGAAACUGAAGCCUGAAAAUAAAGAGAUGGAGGACGCAUAUUGGGAGGCAGUUGAGGCGAUGAGGAAGGAACAGUCUGAACCAAGUCUCUACGAUCUUGAUUAGUGCUCGGCCGGGAGUGUCUGUGCGUGCUGGUUCCUGUAAUCUCUGGUGUUUCCGUUCUUUGUACUAUAUACCUGGAAAAAGCUAGCACGUGGUUUUGUAUGUCAGUCUAAAAUGCUCCUUUUGUGAGUCGAGGCAAAUUAUGCAUCUAUAGGACUACCAUACAUGUAUGAUCAUGCAUCAUGACCAUUUCUCUGUUUGUUGCCCCAACCAAUGGGCUUUCCGUUCAA